AUGUCCCUGCCGCCCUGUGGACCGAGCACCAGCGGCCCGACCCGCUCGCACCAUCCCUCUACUUCCAGCUCCGAUUCGAUUCCUACCCUCGAGUCCAUCCCUCCCCUCGACCUCAACCUCGACCUCGAAGCGGGCCUCCCCACCGACACCACCAACCCGCUCCCCACAGCACCUCCACCAGCAUACACCAGCGGCGCCUCAGCAGCCACCGACACCGAUGCGCCCCCGGCCUACGCCUUCGCCCCGCGCGGCCCCGCGCCCGCAUACACCAGCAAACCGAGCCCGCUCUUCCGCGCCGGGGCGGACGAAGCCGUGCGUGUCGAGCUCGCGACCGUGGGGUUGACGGUCGCUGAUAUCACGUACGUCGAGAUGGUGCGGCUGGCGCAGAUCCAGGAUCCCGAGGCGCUGAAGACGGAAGUCAGGAGACUGCAGGCACGGCUGCGGAUGCCAGCGCUCGCGGCGCCAGCCGCAGCCAUAGCAGCAGGGCGGCCAGGCGCGCUUCUCGACAUUGCCAACAACCGCGCCGUGCCCAGGGUGCAGGGACGGCCGGUUAGGCCGCCAUUCAGUGCCCGGCAUCGUUGUGGAGUCCUGUUGGUUCUGCUUGGGAUCGCCGGAUUGAUCCUCUUAUUUGUCUCUAAGUCGGCACACGGGGCGAGAGCCGACGAGCUGGAGAGGGUGCGGGCAUCGCAGAGCGCGGCCCUGGCGCCGGUCCACGACAUGGCGACGGGAUACGCGACGGCGACGUCCGCGGUGGUGGCGGCGGUGGCGACGAGUACGGCGACUACGAUGUUGGCGGAUGGAAGGGUGGUGGAGUUGGUGACAGUGGUGAUGAGCGAGCCAAACCGCUGA